UUCUAUUUAUGCACAAAUUCGCAACUGUUGGUUUUCUUAAUCUUGUAAACGAUAACCCUUGAGUGCAAAAUGAUCUCUCCUAAAUCAAGAAAUACCUGAUUUUCUCCUCCCUGUAUUCAACAUGAGCAAUCUAGUAAAGCCGAUAGUCGAAUCUAUGUCCGACGCAGCAUACGAUAGGGGUUGAUCGAUCUCCAUCCAAUUCUUAUUUCACUACAAGAAAUUACAGCAGUUCGUGUGUACGUGAAUGGAAGUGGAAGAACACAGGUACAGGUACAGGAACAGGAAGAAGAAGAACAGCAGUGUGGGUGUGGUGAAGAAACUUAAGGGUUUUCUCUAUGGAUUGGGCAAUGGCAGCAAGAGCCGUGUAAACCCAAGUGCAGGUUGUUUCUUGGUGUGUGUAGGGCCUGAGAAGGAGAGGUUUGUCAUCAAAACUGAGUGUGCCAAUCACCCUUUGUUCAAGAUGCUUCUAGAAGACGCAGAAUCCGAGUAUGGGUUCAGAAAUGAAGGCCCUUUGCACCUCCCUUGCGAUGUCGAUUUAUUUUACAAGGUACUGGCUGCAAUGGAUGCCGGCGAUGAUCUUCUCCGGCACCAUCACGGCGACUUCGGAUGUUGCUCUUGCAGCCCCUUCAGGAGAUCGUAUGAUCAGUUGACCCCGCCGAGGAUGCUCAAGAGAAAUCACCACUUUUAGGGCCAAGUCAUCCUAUAAAUGUUAGGGCUGAAUUCGCUUCAAGGAAAUCGCUUGCUAUGCGAGGCUCGGAUUUUGUGUUUUAAAAUUUAGCCGUAUGUCAGAUUUCACCAAAUUAUUUUCGAACAAUAAAUUGGUGAACGAAUGAAUGAAUGAAUGUAUCUAUUAGAUUGUAUAAUUUGGAGAUUCCACUCAUAGAUUUCAUUGUGUUUCAGAGUUUGUUGUUUUAUGAUUACUAGGCAUAUUGUAUAUUUUCAUUUGCUUUGUUUGUUGUAUGUAAUUCAAUCAAUGGUUGAAAUAAUGCUUGUGCAUUCAUUGUUU